AUGUCCGAUUUCAACCGAGCUGACCAGCGCCAUGUGCUCGAGGGCUGGCUGCGCAAGAACGCCGUCUCGGACAUGCACGCGACGGCGACCAAGCUCGAGCCAUCGGCGUCGCUGGCCAAAGCGCUCGAGCUGGACGCGCGCCACGUCCGCGCGCUGACGCCGCAGCAGCUCGUGUUUGCGUACCUCAACUACCUCCGCAGCCACUUCAAGACGCCCGACACGACGCCUAUCGAGGCGACGCCGGCGCCUGUGAACGUGCCACCGACCAAGAAGCGCAUCUCGCUCACGCAAAAUGAGACACCGGUAUGGUCCAACCAUGACUUUCCACCGCUAAAUGCACCCACGACGUCGACCGCCACUGUGCACAUCAUGGCGUCCAAACCCAAGGUGCAAAAGGACAAGCGGCGCAUCCGGUCGACGCUCGUGGCGACGCCGUCGCUCGUCUCGACACCGUCGUCGUCAUCGUCGUCGAUCUUUACGUCGACGCCCGUCGAAAAGUCGCACCUUCCGUCCCAGAUGAACAACGAUGUCUUGUCCAAGUUUGAGACGCGCCUGACGAGCGUCACGCACAAGCCCGCGCCAAUCCAGACGACGAUCGCUCCACGUCAGCCACAAGACGCGCCGCAGCACAACCAUCCCGUUGCCGCCGCCUCCAUCAACAACAACAGCAGCAACAACAACAACCACAAGAGCAACCACGACCACGAGAUGCCAUCCGAGAUGUAUGACGAACCCGCGGAGGAGCUCGAGCCCAUGGUCGCGCCGACGCCCAUGGCUCUCUUCUACAGCUUUCUCUUCCAAGCGCAGCUCGUGCCGCUCUCAGCACACGAAGUCCAAUGGCUCUUUACACUCCUGCAGCACGACGCGUCCGAGGCCAAGGAGUUUGCGCUGGCCGUGUUCUACACGAUCCCCGAGACACUCGAGCUCUUCGGGCCCGAGAUCCUCAAGCUCGCGGUGGACACGUUUGCGGCCUUGCACGUCGCGCGGUCGCUCCAGAUCCGGUUUCUCCAGUACCUCGAGGCGUACGAAGACGCGCGCUCGGUGGCGAGCCAAGCGGUGGGCACCUCGCUGCCGAUCGAGGUCGUCGGCCACUCGGCUCGGGACUUUGCCGUCCCGUUCUGCGAAGACACGGACUCGCGCUUGCACUUUCGGUCGCCGGCCGAAGCCGUCCUCUUUAGCAACCGCGAGAAGGCGCGCGAUGCGUUCUUGUCGCUGCUGCGGCAGUGGCAGAGGCAGCGGACGUCCAUUGAAGUGUGCCACGUCGCGUCGUUGCGCAACGAAAUGGCGUCGGUCCUCGACGAUGUGAGCGCAAACAACCUCUGGUGGUUUGCGCAGUUUUUCGUCCAAGAAUUGUGUCAAGUCGGUAUCAACCCGGUCGGCGAGCACGACGUGGACCUCGUGGAAAAGAUCAUGCACGACGACAAGCUCAAGAACCCGGAUCGCCUCCGGAAGCUGCACCAGCGCUUUACGUCCCAGCAAGCACCGAAAGCCAAGCUCGGACCGUCCGCCCACAGCACCAAGUUUGCGACCAACAAAGGGCCGUCGUCCUCCUCCACAUCAUCGUCAUCGCCAUCGCCCUCGUCAUCAUUGCACACAUCGGCCACUGCGUCAAGCGACAUGGCCGAGCUCUUCCCCGAGAACCAGCUCUUCUUUGCGCAGUUCCUCGAGACGACCAACCACGCCCUCUUCACGCGCCUCGUCGCCACCGUCCUCGAAGCCCAGCUCUUCGAACUCGAAGGCUCGUCGUCGUCCUCAUCCUCGUCCUCCAUCCGCAAGACGUUUACGCUGCACGCGCUCCAGGCUCGUCUUCUCGCGCGGUUUCUCGCCUAUGUCCAUGUCGCCCCGUACGUCAACAGCCUUGGCGCGCCCACGAACGUGGCGAUCGAGUGCGCCCGCAAGCAAGCGAUCGAUAUGCGCAACCGAGUCCGCGCGCCGCUCGAUGUAUGCGCCGCGCUUGGUCGGUGCGUCAGUGAACACACGCUCAUGGCGUCGCUGCCGUGGCUGCUCGAGUACCUUCGCAUUCUCAUUCUGCGCGAUCCGAUCGCGUGUGCCACGAGGUAUGUGCAGUCGGCGGUCGCCCACGUCCGUGCGCUCUUCUUCUCGCCACGCCUCGAGAGCUGUCGGUCCGAGAACGGGCUCUUGCUUCGGCUGCAGCUCGAAGCCUUUCUGCAAACCGCGAGCACGCGCCUGAGUCUGCAGCCGUCGGUGUUGGACAGUCUCCCGCUCACCGAUAGCUUGACUAUCGCGCUGGACGCGCCAAUGUCGGGUCUGGACGCCAUCCCGUACCUCGCGAGCUCGAUGUUUCUGGCCCACUGCGUGCCCGACGUCCCGUCCCUCCGUGCGUUCCUCCUCCAGCUCCAAGCGACGCUGACGCAGGGCCCGGCCAAGCCGACGACGACGCGCCGCCUCAAAGUGCGCCCGCUCACUCUCUCGUUGCUCAAGAAUGUCGACGACGACGACCAGGACCAAGACGAAGCGACACCGACCAUGGCGGACGACCCGCUCACACGCGCCUUCUACAAGCAGUAUCCGUCGCUGCAGACAACGAUCGAGUUUGUCGUGGACACGAGCAUGACCAACGUGUGCCAGCUCGUGGGCCCGUCCGUCGUCGUGCCGUCGGCCAACGCGUUUAUGGACACGAUCGCCUUGCGCGUGACGCACGACGAGACGACGGCCGAGAAGAUCACGGCAGUUGUCCGGCGCUACGUCGGCCAAGCCAAGCUCGAUGCGUGCACCAAGGCCAUCGCGGCCGCCGAGCCGUACUGCCAAGAACACAUCCCGCGCGCGCUCGAGUCGCUCCUCUCGCCGGCGAUGGACGCACGCGUAAAGGCCAUGGCCGUCUCGCUGGCGACGCAAAAGGCGCUUGGCACUGUCCGGUCCGUCGUCGCAGCGUCCAUGGGCAUGGAGUUUAGCAAGCAAGUCGUCCAGCGUGUGCGCAAAAUGGCCAAACCAGCGCCCGCCGUGGCAGCCACGGCGCCGUCGCUGCUCGACGCUCUGCACGCCGCCGCCAAAGACGCGGCAAGCAGUGCGGCCUGCCUCGACCAGUACACGGCGCUGCUCCACGUGGCGCGGGCCGCGGAGACGACGAGCGUUUGGUGCUGCGUGGCGUCUGUCUUGCACGACGAGCGCAUGUGGCGGCUCGAGGCGCCAGCGUCGCAGAAAGCUCUUUUGCACCACGCGCUGAGAAACCAUGCGUGGCAACCCAGCGCGAUCGCGCUCCUCGAGCCUCUUGUGCGCAUGUGGCUGCGGCCCGAUCACAUUGCGGCGGGGCGCCAGCACCUCGAGACGCUCUGCGACGCCUUCCCCGACGCUGCAGCCGCACAUCUACGCGAUCCGCCCCGCGCCGUGCCGUGCUAA